GAUUAAUCAAAGGAAAUCGCAUGUCAAUGCACCCCAACGUCCACGACAUCUUCAACGAAGACGUUGCCGCGCUGAAACACAUUGGUUUGAGGGUUUGACGCAGAAUUCUAUAACGAUCUUGCUCGAUAACCAUUCCAGACUUGCAUUAGCCCCUCUCCCGCUGCUUUGUGCUCCCCGUCUCAGGCGCUACUCGAUUUUUUGCACUGGACGUCAUCUGGAUGCCCGACUUAAGCAGCUUCACCACAAUUACGCAGCAACAGUACCCGAUACGACCGCAGCUCUCCUCGGCGCAUAGAACUCGGUCGUCUCUUCAUAAAACCUGAAUCAUCCAGGAAAUAUUUCCUUCGAACAUUUGCGGAGCAAGGCAAAAGUUCAACGAGACUGGCCUGCCAAUCUUUGAAUCGAACAUAAACGGACGACCCGUUCCAACGACGGACCCAACCAUCGACUACCUCCUUGCAGCCUUGGUGACGACCAAAAGAGAGCACGAUGGCGGAACAAGAGGAGGAUUUCAGCUCUUUGCCGCUGACAGACCGUUGGGUGCACAAGGUCUGGAAAGUCCGAAAGCAAGCCUACGAAGACGGCGCGAAACAAUUCGAGAAGACACCCGACGAACACGACCCAGCCUUCCGACCAUUCCUUCAAGAUCCUUCCCUCUUCAAAUCAGCAGUAGCAGACUCUAAUGUCGCGGCGCAACAAGAAGGAAUCGCCGCAUUGUGCGCAUUUCUCAAGUUCGGUGGCAGGGAAGGAUGUUUGCGGACACGAGGCCAGGCAAUCACACCCAUUCUCGAGAAGGGUCUCUCCUCAACAAGGGCAGCCACCAAGGCAUCGUCGCUCGAAGCUCUUUUACUGUUUAUAGAACUGGACGUGCCUGGUCCUGUCAUUGAGGAUAUUCUGCCAAUAUUGUCGGCGAAACAACCCAAGGUCAUUGCUGCUGCGUUGGCCGCUCUGACGCAGAUCUUCCACAACUAUGGUUGCAAGACGGCCGAUCCGAAACCAGUCCUCAAGGCGCUUCCAAAGGUCUUUGGCCACGCGGACAAGAAUGUCCGAGCCGAGGCCACGAACCUGACCGUCGAGUUCUACAGGUGGCUGCGAGAUGCGAUGAAGCCCAUGAUCUGGAACGAGCUGAAGCCGGCACAACAGACGGAUCUCGAGGCGCAGUUUGAAAAGAUACGAGCGGAACCUGCACCAAAGCAAGAACGUCUCUUACGAUCUCAACAAGAAGCACAAGCGAGAGCGCCUGUAGGGGGUGGGGAUGAUUACGAGGGAGGUGAGGAAGAACCAGAGGAGCCCGCAGAAAUUGAUGCGUUUGACCUCGCAGAGCCACAAGACGUCCUGAAAGCAGUGCCUGCAUCUUUCCACGAUAACAUUGCUUCGUCAAAAUGGAAGGACAGGAAAGAGGCAUUGGAAGGGCUCUAUGCCUUGUUAAAUGUGCCUCGUAUCAAAGAUGGCGAUUUCAACGAGAUUAACCGAGCGUUUGCCAAGAGUAUGAAGGACGCCAACAUUGCGGUUGUCAUACAGGCGGCACAAUGUCUCGAGGCCUUGGCCAAAGGACUGCGGAAAGCCUACGGCAAGUAUAGAAGCGUGGUCAUGCAGCCGAUUCUUGAAAGGUUGAAGGAGAAAAAGGCAACCGUAACCGACGCCCUGGGUGCUGCUUUAGAUGCAGUCUUCAUGUCAACAAGCCUGUCAGAAUGUCUCGAGGACAUCACUGCUUACAUGGUUCACAAGAACCCUCAGGUAAAGGAGGGAACAGCAAAGUUCCUGAUACGAUGCUUAAGAACGACAAGAGACGUCCCUGCCAAACCGGAAAUAAACACCAUGGUGGAAUCGGCCAAGAAACUCCUCGCCGAGUCGACAGAGACAUUGCGAGCCAGCGGUGCCGAGAUUCUUGGAACAAUUAUGAAGAUUAUUGGCGAGCGCGGGAUGAAUGCUCAUCUUGAGGGCCUGGAUGAUAUUCGUAAGAACAAGAUAAAAGAGUUUUUCGAGACGGCCGAAGUUAAGGCCAAGGAACGGCCCAAACCGAUAAUCGGCAAAACGCCGGCACCAGCAGCUGGUCCACCGAAGCGGUUGAUGGGUGGCAAGAAAGCGCCGGCUGGCGCAAAAAAGCCGGCCGCUGCUGCCCCACCACCACCCAAGGAAGAGCCUUUGGCGCCGCAACCGACAUCGCGUCCCGCCCCGGCUGGCGGCAAAUUGGGCGUGCCCAAGCCGUCAGGUCUGGGAGGUCUGAAGCCACCAGGCAAGCGCGCGCUCGCUGGCCCCGGAACAAUGGCAUCUCCACGUCGGCCACCCUCAGCUGCACCGCCUGCUAUGGACGACGAGCCCGAGUAUGCAGCGCCACCACCGCAACCAAAGCUAGGGAUGGGCCGUGGCGGUCUUGCUGGACGCUCGCUCGCCAAGCCCGCGGCGCCAGCGGCAGCACCAGUGGCUCCUUCUUCGCCUGGUCCGUCAUCAGGACUAAUGGCUCUUGAGCGCGCUGAGCUCGAGGAGCUUCGUGCGGCCAACGAUCGGUUGACAAAACUUGUGGAGGAAUCGCGACAUGAGCGCACUAAACUCAUGUCAGAGAUUCAGGAACUGAAGAAUCAGAACGCAGGCCUAAUCGAAGACCAUACGCGCGAUGUCCUGAGCAUUAAGGCCAAGGAGACGCAGCUCGUCCGGGCUAGGAGCGACGCCGAGGCCGCCGAGAGCACAAAUGAGCGUCUACGGCGCGAGCUGGAGCGCCUUAAGCGGGCGCUCGGAAAAGCUGAGGCCAUGGGAAUGCACAUGCAGCACGACGACCCGCGCAGCCCGGCUGGCAGCGUGCCAUCUCCAUCACAAGAUGACGUCGGCAUCUUCAGGGACGGUAGCGAAAGGGGCGGAUAUGGAAGCGGCAGCAAUGGCCGGAAUAGGAUCAGCUAUGCGAGCACGCAUAGUGAAGAGAAAGAGAAUGGCGACGACCACCGUGCGCCACCGUACGGGCGAAACAAGAUGAUGAGCCCCGAGCUCCGGUACGCCAACAGUGGCACCUCGAGCGGGAGAGGCAGCCCCGCCAGGGGGUUCAGGAGGGAAGCGGGAGAUGGCGAAAGCGUCGGUGUGAGGCCGAAGUAUUCCAGCGGCGCGAGUAACUAUGCGCCUUCCGAACGAACGGGAUCUUCGGCACCAGCUGCUGGGCAGGGAGUCGAGAGCUGGAAGAGGGCUGCCGAGGUGACAAGCCAGCUCAAGGCAAGAAUAGAGCAAAUGAAGCAAGCGAUUGCGCAGUUCGAGGUCGACUACAGACUGGUGCGCUUGGGAUUGAUGGCGACGGCGGCGCUGAUCGGCCUCGCGGUCAUCUAUUAUGCCUUCGUGGGAUACAGGGUCCGGUCUAGGUUCCAGCGGCUGCAGAAGCAGGGAGUGCCCAUGAUGCCACACAACCCUAUCCUGGGCCACCUUCCGCUGAUGCCCAAGAUCCUGGCGGGGCUGCCGGCGGACGCGGCGACGCUCUUCCUGCCGCUGCAGAUCCAGCAGAACUGGCGGUCCGUGUUCCCCGAGACCGUCUCGGAGCUGCCGCCGGUCGUGUACAUCGACCUGUGGCCGUUCAUGCCGCCGACGGCCAUGAGCUUCUCGGGCGACGUCUCGGCGCAGUUCACGCAGGAGUUCAACCAGAGCAAGCUCCCGGACCAGAAGCGCUUCAUGGCGCCGCUGACGGGGAACAGAGACGUCACCUCGGCCGAGGGCGACGAGUGGGUCCAGCGACGCAAGGCCUUGAACCCGCUCUUUAGCCCGCAGAACAUCAUGGCCUGGGUGCCGGAGCUCGUCGGCGAGCUCGAGGCGUUUCUGGAGGGUCUCAGGAGCAAGGUGGGCAAGGGAGGGGAGUGGGGUCCCAUGUUUAGGCUCCAGAGGCCGGUUGAGCUGUUUACGUUGGAUAUGAUCAACCACUUUUGCCUGAGCACGCGCUUCAACGAACAAAAAACUUCAAUGAGCGUCGUGUCUACAGGAGUGCUGGACAUUCUUUCGCGGCAGGCCAUGUUCCUGCAUAUUGGCAACAUCUGGGGCUACUACAGCCCCUGGCGACUGUUCAAGGUCUGGCAGCAACAGCAGCGCAUGGACGACUUCUUCCUCCCUUAUGUCCGGAGGCGAUUCGACACGAGGGGCAAGGAGGACAAGUCAUGGCCGUCGGGGACCGGUCGCGUCGACCUCCCACACGUCAUGUUCAAGGCCGCCGAGGCAAGCAGCGCCAAGGAGGACCGCAAGCUCACGUUUGUGGACGUGGCGGCGGACGUCAUGGGCGAAGCCAAGCUGAUGGUGUUUGCGGGCCACGACACGUCGACUUUUGCGCUCACGAGCACCCUGAAGCUCCUCUCCGAGCACCCGGCCGCGCUGGAGAAGGUUCGGGCCGAGGUCAGGGAGGUCCUGGGCGACAGGCCGGCGGAGAGGAUCAGGGAGUCGCCGCACCUGCUCAACGGGCUCGUUUACACCAACGCGGUCAUCAAGGAGACGCUCCGCGUGCACCCAAACGUCGGCACGCUGCGCAUCGGCGCCGAAGGCUUCAAUCUGUACGGCCCGCCGGGGAGCGGUCAGGAAGGCGUCGUCUUCCCUGUCGGUGGCUACCUCCUCUGGGACGCGAGCUCCGCCAUCAUGCGGCACGAGGCGGUCUGGCCUCGCGCGGCCGAGUUUGUGCCCGAGAGGUGGCUGGUCGACCAAGGGCACGAGCUCCACCCCGGCGAGUACCAGAAGAACUGGUACCGGCCGUUCGAGCAGGGGCCCAGGAACUGCAUCGGGCAGCCGCUGGCCAUGGUGGAGCUCAAGAUGGCGGUGGCAUGCGUGGUGACCGAGUUUGAUGUCGAAUGUGAUUGGGAUGAGUGGGAUGUUGUUUGCGGCAACGUCGGCCCUGGUGCGAAAAAGUUCACGCACAAUGGCAACAGGCUCUACAUGGUCAACGAGGAAGGGCCGCCCAAGUUCAAGGAUGGUAUGCCGGUGCACGUGCGGCUCCGGUCGGAAAGGCAAUAAUAACAAGUCAUGCAGACAAAGACGGGAUGAAAGAAUCUUGCGCCAGGAACCCGAGAUUCAGCCUGGUUUAGGGGGGGAAAACAUGGGAGAUCCUUGUACUAUUUCGAAAGGUCACAUUGGACGGUAAGUUUCGAAGUCUAUCAUUGGGCGAUGGCAACCUAGGAUCAAGGUAUGGGCGGUUGACUACUUUGCAUGUGGGCAAUUACGGAUACACACAUGGUCAUGGAAUCCAUGAAGCUCAUUCACUGGGAAAUUACUACUCGCGUGCAGUUGCUGCGAAUGGCAUAAUAUGCAGCUGCUGACAUGCCUAGGUACCUUAGGUGGUAGGUGGUAGUAACUAAGAGGUAAUUGGGGCAUUUGAUCAUGUUGUUGCUAAACCACCCCUCG